CAUAUGGCAGCCCACUGCUCCAACCACUAGGAUGGGUCAGAUGCAGAGAGUUCCCCUCUGUGGGACCAGUAAGGGGGGUUCCUCUGUGGGACCAGUAAGGGUUCCUCCGCGUUCCUCACAGGAAGCAGCAGUGAGUCCUGUGUUUUAUUGUGAAGUUCUCACCGGAUGCCGAAGCUGAUUGCAGAGCCUUGACUCCUGGAGGUUAGAGGUGCAGCUGCAGUCGAUGAGGAGCAGACGCUGCAGGAGGAGGACCCUGACCGCAGCAUGGACACGAGACACACGGCGGACAUGUCUGUCUCUACACAGCUAGGCCUUCUGCUGUGGAAGAACUUCACCUACAGACGCCGACAGACGCUGCAGCUGCUUGUGGAGAUCAUCUGGCCACUCUUCAUCUUCUUCAUCCUCAUCGCCGUGAGACUCAACUACCCUCCAUACGAGCAGCAUGAGUGUCAUUUUCCCAACAAGGCGAUGCCGUCGGCCGGCACGCUACCGUGGCUGCAAGGGAUCCUCUGCAAUGCCAACAACCCGUGUUUCCGGAGCCCCACGCCAGGGGAAUCGCCGGGGGUCGUCGGCAACUUCAACGACUCCAUAAUCUCUCGCCUGUUCUCCGACGCCAAGAAGAUCCUGCUCUACAGCCAGAACGACAAGAACCUGGAGGGCUUCAAGGAGCUGGUUCACGCUCUGCAGGAGCUGCAGGAGAGCCGCACAGGGUUCAGGCUGAAGCACUUCCUGCGAGACAACGAGACCAUGUCCGACUUCCUGCUGAGGAACGCCUCGCUGUCUGAGGAAAACGUGCAGCUGAUCCGAGAUGCCGACGUCCACCUUGAGAAGGUGCUGCUGAAGGGUUAUGGCGUCCACCUGAAGGACAUGUGUCCCAGGCGGGGGGGGCGCCGGCUGGAGGACUUCGUGGCCUUGGCUGACGCUCGGCUGGCGGCUGGCAUACAGGAAAUGAUCUGCACGGCACCGCGCGGCUGGCUGGACGCCGCCGAGAGACACUUCCUGAACAACCUGGACUUCCUGAAGCCCGUCCAGAUGAGCGUUCGGACCGACCCAGAGGCCGUCCGGCUGGUUGCCAGGGCAACAAACAAACUGCUGGACAGCCUGGGAGCUCUGGCUGUGGAGCUGGCAGGCAUGAAGUCGUGGGUGGACCUGCGCACCGAGCUGCUCUUCCUGCAGCACAACGCCACCUCCUCGCCCUCCUCCAUGUACCAGGCCGUCAGCAGGAUCGUGUGCGGACACCCGGAGGGGGGGGGGUUGCAGAUCAAGUCCCUCAACUGGUACGAAGACAGCAACUACAAAGCCCUGUUCGGGAGCCACAACGCCAGCGAGGACGAGGGGGGGGCGCACUACGACAACUCCUCAACGCCAUACUGUAACAGCCUGGUUCAAAGUCUGGACUCGAACCCGAUGUCCCGGAUGAUCUGGACGGCGCUGAAGCCGCUGCUGAUGGGGAAGAUCCUGUACACCCCCCACACCCCCGCCACACAGCGGGUCAUCCACGAGGUGAACCGGACCUUCCAGGAGCUCGGUGUGUUCAGGGACCUGGGUGGCAUGUGGGACGAAAUGAGACCCAAAGUGUGGAGCUUCAUGGAGGACGGAGAGCAGAUGGACAUCAUCCGGACUCUUCUGAAGAACAACGCCACGGCCCGGUUCUUCCACACUCAGCUGAGCAGCACCGAUUGGACGGUCGCAGACGUCUCAGACUUCCUGUCCAAGCAGGCGUCGGACCCCCGGCCGCCGGGCGCCGUCACUUGGAGGGACGUCUUCAACGAGACGGACGAGGCCAUCCGGAGCAUAUCGCGCUUCAUGGAGUGUGUGAACCUGGACAAACUGGAGCCGGUGUCGAGCGAGGAGCAGAUGGUGGACCGAUCUAUGGUUCUGCUGGAGGACCGGAGGUUCUGGGCCGGGAUCGUGUUCCCGGACCUGGAGCCUAACGCAACGGAGCUGCCAGCCAAACUCAACUACAAGAUCCGCAUGGACAUCGACAAUGUGGAGAGGACCAACAAGAUCAAAGACGCGUACUGGGACCCCGGCCCCCGUGCAGACCCCUUCGAGGACAUGCGGUACAUCUGGGGUGGCUUCACGUACCUGCAGGACGUCAUCGAGCAGGCCAUCAUCCGAGCGCUGACCGGCACCAAGGAGAAGACCGGCGUCUACAUCCAGCAGAUGCCCUACCCAUGCUAUGUGGACGACAUCUUCCUGCGGGUGAUGAGCCGCUCCAUGCCUCUCUUCAUGACGCUGGCCUGGAUGUACUCGGUGGCCAUCAUCCUGAAGAGCAUCGUGUACGAGAAGGAGGCUCGCCUGAAGGAGACCAUGAGGAUCAUGGGACUAAACAACGGCAUCCUGUGGUUCAGCUGGUUCAUCAGCAGCCUGAUCCCCCUGCUGGUCAGCGCCGGGCUGCUGGUGCUGCUGCUCAAGAAGGGGAACCUGCUGCCCUACAGCGACCCCGGCGUGGUCUUCCUGUUCAUGGGGUCCUUUGCCGUGGUGACCAUCAUGCAGUGCUUCCUGCUCAGCACGGCGUUCGCCCGCGCAAACCUGGCGGCGGCGUGCGGCGGGAUCAUCUACUUCACGCUCUACCUGCCCUACGUGCUCUGCGUCGCCUGGCAGGACUACAUCGGCUUCGGGGCCAAAGUUUUCGCGAGCCUACUGUCCCCCGUGGCGUUUGGGUUCGGCUGUGAAUACUUCGCCCUGUUCGAGGAGCAGGGAGUGGGCAUCCAGUGGAGGAACCUGGUGUCCAGCCCACUGGAGGAGGAUGACUUCAGCCUGCGCACCGCCAUCAUCAUGAUGUAUGUGGACUCAUUCCUGUAUGGCCUGCUCACCUGGUACCUGGAGGCCGUGUUCCCAGGUCAGUACGGGAUCCCUCGGCCCUGGUUCUUCCUCUUCACCAAGUCCUACUGGUGUGGGGAACUGGACAGGAGGUCCAGCAAAGUCCCUCUGAGCCGGAAAGAAAACCCAGAAGUGGUGUGUAUGGAGGAGGAACCGGCUCACCUGGAGCUCGGGGUCUACAUCGAGAACCUGGUGAAGGUUUACCGCCACGGCAAGAAGCUGGCGGUGGACGGACUGACGCUGGGCUUCUACGAGGGACAGAUCACAUCCUUCCUGGGACACAACGGGGCCGGCAAGACCACCACCAUGUCCAUCCUCACGGGUCUGUUCCCCCCCACCUCAGGGACGGCCUACAUCCUGGGUCGAGACAUCCGGACCGAACUGAGUGCCAUCAGGCAGAGUCUUGGUGUCUGUCCUCAACACAACGUCCUUUUCAGCAUGCUGACGGUGGAGGAGCACAUCUGGUUCUAUGGGCGUCUGAAGGGUCUCUCUGAGCAGCAGGUCCAGGCCGAGGUGGAGCAGAUCCUGCAGGACACCGGCUUGCCUCACAAGCGCAAGUCUAGGACCAGUGCUCUGUCGGGGGGCAUGCAGAGGAAGCUGUCCGUGGCCCUGGCCUUCGUGGGGGGGUCGAAGGUGGUGAUCCUGGACGAGCCCACAGCCGGCGUCGACCCGUAUGCCCGGAGAGGGAUCUGGGACCUGCUGCUGCAGUACCGGCAGGGGCGCACCAUCAUCCUGUCCACACACCACAUGGACGAGGCGGACAUCCUGGGGGACCGGAUCGCCAUCAUCUCCCACGGGAGGCUGUGCUGCGUGGGGUCCUCGCUCUACCUGAAGAACCAGCUAGGGACCGGCUACUAUCUGACCCUGGUGAAGAGGGAGGGCAGGACCUCCGUCAGCAGGAAGUCUUCCAGCAGCACCUCGCUCAGAGAGAAGGAGGGGGAGGGCUCCUCCGUCAGCAGCAGCGACGCUGGCCUCGGCAGCGAGCACGAGAGCGAGGCGGCCCCCACUGGUGAUUUGAUUCUUCCACCUGCAGCUGUUCUGACGUGUCUCCUCCCCCCUCAGAGAGCACCCCCCCCCCUGCCUGAUGUGCUCCAGGUCUCAGGGCUGAUCCAGGUUCACGUCCCGGCGGCUCGCUUGGUGGAGGAUCUGGGCCACGAGUUGACCUACGUGCUGCCGUACAGCGCGGCAAAAGACGGCGCCUUCGUGGAGCUCUUCAGAGACCUGGACCUGAAGCUGUCCGAACUCGGCAUCUCCAGCUACGGCGUGUCGGACACAACGCUGGAGGAGAUCUUUCUGAAAGUUGCUGAAGAUAACGGAGUCGACACUGAAGUGCCCUCAGAUGGAAGGUUUCCUGUGCGGCGCCGCCGGAGGGCGCAUGCGUUCGGAGGCAGCGACCAUCAGAGCUGUCUGAAGCCGCUCACUGACGAUGACGGCAACGAGUCGGACGGAGACCACGAGUGCAGGGAGACGGACGGUCUCACCCUCUCGGAUGGGAGAGGCUCCUAUCAGGUCUCGGGCUGGGGUCUGCUGAGGCAGCAGUUUAUUGCUCUGAUGUGGAAACGCUUCCUGUACGCCCGCCGCUCCAGGAAGGGCUUCUUCGCUCAGGUAACUGCUCCCGCAGUGUUUGUGUGCAUCGCUCUGGUCUUUAGUCUCAUCGUCCCCCCCUUUGGAGUUUACCCGAGUCUAGAGCUGCAGCCCUGGAUGUACGAGGACCAGGUGACCUUCAUCAGUGACGAUGCUCCUGGAGACGCUAACAUGCAGAGGUUGUUGGGGUCUCUGAUGGACGCUCCGGGCUUAGGGACUCGCUGCAUGGACGGACAUCCCAUCCCAGAGGCUCCCUGUACGAUGGGCGAUGAGGACUGGAUCGUCCCGGAUGUCCCUGAAAGCGUCCAGCAGCUCUUCCUGUCCUCUAACUGGACGAUGGAGAACCCGUCCCCCCCCUGCUUCUGCAGCUGUGAAGGGAAGAAGAAGAUGCUGCCGGAUUGUCCCGCUGGGGCCGGAGGACCGCCCCCCCCGGAGAUGAAGCUGAGCUCCUCCGACUCCCUGCAGAAUCUGACGGGCAGAAACAUCUCGGACUACCUCGUGAAGACCUACGCUCAGAUCAUCGGCAAGAGUUUAAAGAACAAAGUUUGGGUGAAUGAAUUCCGAUACGGAGGCUUCUCAUUGGGCGCCAGGAGCACACAGGUCCUCCCCCCGGCCAAUGAGAUUGACGACGCCAUCGAAAGGGUCCGCAAGAUCUUUGAGUUACAGAAGGGCGCGGCGGCCGACCGUUUCCUCGGCAGUUUGUCAGGAUUCAUCAACGGCCUGGACACCAAGAACAACGUGAAGAUCUGGUUCAAUAAUAAGGGCUGGCACAGUAUCGGGGCGUUCAUCAACGUGAUGAAUAACGGGAUCCUGAGGGCCAACCUCCCCCCCGACCGGGACCCCCACCUGUACGGGAUCCGAGCCUUCAACCACCCCCUGAACCUGACCAAGGAGCAGCUGAGUCAGGUGGCUUUGGUGACGACCUCCGUGGACGUCCUGGUCUCCAUCUGUGUGAUCUUCGCCAUGUCCUUCGUGCCGGCCAGCUUCGUGGUGUUCCUGAUCCAGGAGAGAGUCAGCAAGGCCAAACACAUGCAGCUCAUCAGCGGGGUGCAGCCCCUGCUGUACUGGACGGCCACCUUCACCUGGGACAUGUGUAACUACGUGGUCCCCGCUUCACUGGUCGUCCUGAUCUUCGUGUGUUUCCAGCAGAACGCCUACGUCUCAUCUGCCAACCUGCCAGUGUUAGCACUGCUGCUGCUGCUCUACGGGUGGUCCAUCACCCCCCUCAUGUAUCCGGCCUCCUUCUUCUUCACCAUCCCCAGCACCGCCUACGUGGUUCUGACCAGCGUCAACAUCCUGAUCGGGAUCAAUGGCAGCAUUUCCACCUUCGUCAUGGAGCUGUUCGGAAACAACGAGAUCGGGGGCAUUAACGACAUCCUGAAGAACGUCCUGCUGAUCUUCCCUCACUUCUGUCUCGGCCGGGGUCUCAUCGACAUGGUGAAGAACCAGGCGAUGGCCGACGCCCUCGAGAGAUUCGGGGAGAACAGGUUUCGCUCCCCCCUGGAGUGGGACAUGGUCGGGAAGAAUCUGUUCGCCAUGGCUGUGGAGGGGGCCGUCUUCUUCAUCAUCACCCUCCUCAUCCAGUACAGGUUCUUCAUCAAACCCAGGCCGGUCAGUAAACUCACCACGCUGGCUCCACUGGGGGAGGAGGACGAGGACGUGGCGAGAGAGAGACAGAGGAUCGUCCACGGCCUCGGACACGGAGACAUCCUGGAGCUCCGGCAGCUCACCAAGGUGUUCAAGAGGAAGCAGAAGCCGGCGGUGGAUCGGCUGUGUGUGGGGAUCCCCCCCGGAGAGUGUUUCGGGCUGCUGGGUGUGAAUGGAGCGGGGAAGACGACCACCUUCAAGAUGCUGACAGGAGACACUCUGGUGACCAGCGGGGAGGCCUUCCUGGCCAGGAAGAGCAUCCUGAGGGAGAUCGAUGAGGUCCACAGGAACAUGGGUUACUGUCCUCAGUUCGAUUCCAUCUACGAGCUGCUGACGGGCCGAGAGCAUCUCGAGCUGUACGCUGUUCUGAGAGGAGUUCCUGAGAAGGAAGUCUGUGAUGUGGCGGAGUGGGGCAUCAGGAAGUUGGGUCUGUUGAAAUAUUCGGACAAAGCUGCAGGAAGCUACAGCGGAGGAAACAUGAGGAAACUGUCCACAGCCAUGGCUCUGAUCGGAGCGCCGCCAGUCGUCUUCCUGGACGAGCCCACCACCGGCAUGGACCCCAAGGCCCGCCGCGCGCUCUGGAGCUGCAUCCACAGCAUCAUCAAGGAGGGCCGCUCCGUUGUGCUCACCUCACACAGCAUGGAGGAGUGUGAGGCUCUCUGCACCAGGAUGGCCAUCAUGGUGAACGGCAGGUUCAGAUGUCUGGGCAGCGUGCAACACCUGAAGAACAGGUUCGGAGACGGGUACACCAUCAUCCUGCGGGUGGGGGGUUUGGACGCCGACCUGUUGCCCGUCAUGAAGUUCAUCGAGAGCGAGCUGAGAGGCAGCACCCUGAAGGAGAAGCACCGCAACAUGCUGCAGUACCAGCUGCCCUCCUCCCUCACCUCCCUCACACACAUCUUCUCCAUCCUGGCCGACAACAAGGAGGCGCUGAGGAUCGAGGACUACUCCGUCACCCAGACCACGCUGGACCAGGUGUUCGUGAACUUUGCGAAGGACCAGAGCGACGACUAUCACUCCAAAGAGACGUCGGUGCGGCGGCGAGAUGUCGCCAUCGAGGUGCCCCCCACCCUCAGCUGCAGCCCGGGGGCCGCCGAGGGGGGCGGCCCACUGCGGGAGAGUGUCAUGUGACCGCCGUGACGUCACACUGUGGGCAGAGCCACCGGCCGCCUCAUGCCAGUCAAUGCAAGACUUCCUGCGGAGCGCCGCGCCUUAAACUUGAAUGAGAUUUCUUCUUCUGUGGUGGAUCCGCCCGGAAACCAGCGAGAAAGAAUCUGAAUCAUUUCAAACGGCCGAGGGAUCAACUGCAAAUCUUUUAGAAAACGUUUGAUUCCGUUUUUAUCAGUUUUAUUUAUAAGUUUGAUUUGUCCUUUUAUUUUAGCGGGGCAUUAUUACUGUUUCCUGUAGCGUCUAACAGCCAAUCAGAGUGCUCGAUGCUGCACGGAGGGACAGACAGAUGAUUUUAUAGGUUGAUGUUUUUUAAGAAAACUGGAAGCAGGUGUGUGUGAGCUUUUAUUGUGAAGGACUGAAAGAGGAAGUGUUGUCUGAACAUCAAUAAAACACACAAACAGAA